AUGUGCACGAUGAACACAAAACAUCAUCUCAACAGUUUAAUGGAUAAACUCCACCUUAACCUUCCUUCGUGCUCCAUCAAGCUUCAAAGUUUACCAAAAAUCUGCUCAACUUGGAGUCUCUGGUGUAAGGAAAACGAAGCACAGGAAGGUGAAAUUACUGGAAAUUACAACUCAAAUUGCGAUCAACAAUCGACAUCGCAAUCGUCAAUAAAUUUAGUUCGUAUUCCACCCAAACUCAAGAGACAUCACAGAAAAAUGCCGUUUCGUCGUCGCAAUUGGUGUGGGUGUAUCCAGAACGAUGAACCGCCUGAAAUUUGUGUUAUCGAAGGUGUGUUCUCUUUGGAGAAUCUCACACCAACACAGCCAAUGCCAUCGACCGAAGAACUUGAGGAAAAAUUCGCAGAACUUGUCGAAGAAUUGGAUUUGACCGAAGCUAAUAAGAUUCAAAUGAUGAGUUUACCAAGUGCGAAAAAAUGGCAGAUUUAUUGCAGUCGAAAAGUUCCCGUCGAAGCUUCCGAUUCUGUUGACGGGAAUUCAUCUUCCAAUCAUUCAAAUGUUGAGAAGACUCCAAUGUUUUAUGUGGAGAAACUUCGUGAAAUAAUAGUUCAAUUGAAACUGCCCAGCGAUGAUUCACCAAAGCACAAUGAGCUUCAAUCGAAAAUUGAACAGCACACGCAACUUUGUGAUGCAUUGAAGACAGCACUAAGAACAUCAGCACAUAGCUUUGUACUCAAGUUUAUCGAACAUCAAGGACUUCCAGCCUUACUAAACAUGCUUGAGGCAAUAACGGAUGUAUUUGUUGCGAAUAGUUCGCUACACACGAGCUUAAUUGGCUGCAUCAAGGCGCUUAUGAAUAAUUCGACCGGUCGAUCAAACGUCCUCCAACACCCAACAUCGAUCGACAUAAUCGCACGUUCGCUCGCUUGUGAUAAUGUCAAGACAAAAAUUGCUGCUCUUGAGAUUCUCGGCGCUGUUUGUUUGGUGCAAGGUGGACAUAAGAAAGUUCUCGAUGCUUUCAUCAACUUUCAAGAGUUUGCUUCGGAACGUUCACGUUUCCAAACAAUCAUGAAUGAUUUGGAUCGUUCAACAGGCUCUUAUCAUAACGAAACCAAUCUCAAACUUGCCAUCAUGUCGUUGAUAAAUGCUUUAGUCAACUAUGGAGCUGGUGAAGAUCAACUGGAGUUUCGUCUUCAUCUUCGUUUUGAAUUCAUCAUGUUGGGCAUUGAUAAAAUUAUUGAAAAAUUGCGAAAAUAUGAAAAUGAAACGCUUGAUCGUCAUUUGGACUUCUUUGACAUGGUGCGAGGUGAAGACGAAAAAGAGCUUUCAAGAAAGUUUAGCAACGAAUCAAUUGAUGCUGAAAGUGCCAUAGAAAUGUUUGAUUUGUUGAAACGAAAGUUAAAUUAUUCACCAGCAUAUCCGCACUUCCUAUCAUUGCUUCAACACAUGCUUCUUCUUCCUUUCACUGGCUCCAACACUCAUCAUUGGAUACUCUUUGAUCGAAUUCUUCAGCAAAUUGUCUUACAGCAGAGUGAAACUGGAAGACCAUCAAGUGACAUCGAAAAUUUCUUCGAAAAGCACAUGCCAUCAGAUGCUAAGCCAAAGUUGGUCGAUCCCGAUGUUACACCGAUUGAAAUUGACGUCAAUAAAAUUGUCAAUCUGCUUGUUCGUGAAGAAGAAUUGACAGCAGCUCGAAAACGAGCCGAAGAACUCGAAAAAGAAAAUUUGGAUUUCGUUGCAAAGUUGACAAAGAAAGAACAAGAAUUGGAUUUGAGAACAGCUGAGAAAGAAGAUCUUGAGACAAAUCUUGCAAGAAUGCGUGAUCGUUUAGAGAAAGAAAGCACAAAUCACUCACAAGCUGUUCAACGUGCAAUCAAUGCUGAGAUGCGUGUUGAAGAUUUGCAACAUAAAUUUGUUAGUGAACAACAAGAAAGAAGUCGAUUAGAGAAAUUGAUGUCAGAAGGCAGUUUCCCAGACGAUCAGAAAGCUGCUGGUUUGCAGGGUAAUUGCAAUAACACUAAAAGUCCAGAAAGUUCAAAGCCACCACCAGCUCCAAUCCCCAUGGCACCUCCAAUGGCUCCAAUGUGCCCACCACCUCCACCAAUUUCAAAACUUGGAGGCCCACCAGGCCCACCCCCACUUCCUAAACUCGAUGGACCAAAGAAAAACAUUCCACAGUCUGCUCAACCACUGAAGUCAUUUAAUUGGUCAAAGUUACCCGAUAUGAAGGUUCAAGGAACUGUUUGGAGUGAACUGGAUGAAACGAAAUGGUACAACAGCAUGGAUUUGGAGUCUAUUGACAAGCUUUUCUCAGCUUAUCAGAAGAAUGGCGUUGCUAAUGACGGCUCAAGUGUUGAAGAUCUCCGUUUAGUGGGAAAUAAACACAAGACGAAAGUUCUUUCAGUUAUUGAUGGACGACGAGCUCAAAAUUGCACAAUUUUGUUGAGCAAGUUGAAGAUGAGUGACGAAGAAAUUUCCAAAGCAAUUUUAUCGAUGGAUAGCAGCGAUCAGUUACCAAUUGAUAUGGUGGAACAACUUCUAAAGUUUACACCAUCAGCUGAAGAACGCGUUUUACUUGACGAACACUCUGAAGAUAUUGAUUCGCUUGCAAGAGCUGACAGAUUCCUGUAUGAGAUUUCUAAGAUUCAUCAUUACGAACAACGAUUAAGAAGCUUACAUUAUAAGAAGCGCUUCAGUAUCACGCUUAACGAUUUACUUCCACGAAUUGCCAGCAUCAUGGAAGCAUCGCGUGAAGUCGCUCGAAGUCGACGAUUGCGUAAACUUUUGGAACUUGUUUUGGCUUUGGGCAACUAUAUGAAUCGCGGUGCGCGUGGCAAUGCUUUUGGUUUCCGACUUCAAUCAUUGAAUCGAUUAGCUGACACGAAAGCAAGCUCAGCGAAAGCGAAAGGAACGACAUUACUUCAUUACUUGGUUCAGAUCAUUGAAUCAAAGUUCAAGGAUAUUUUGAGAUUGGAAGAAGAUAUGCCGCAUGUUAAAGAAGCAUCAAAAGUCAGUCUUGGCGAGAUGGAUAAGGACAUUGGUAAUUUGCGAACAGGCUUGGCCGAAGUUGCCAGAGAAAUUGAAUUUCAUCGAAGUGCUGGUUCAUCAGUACAAGGUGAUCGUUUCCUGCCGGUCAUGAGAGAUUUCCAUGCACAAGCGUCAAUAAGAUUCGCUGAACUUGAAGAUAAAUUUCAAGAUAUGAAAACAAGAUUCGAUCGUGCAGUUCGAUUAUUUGGUGAAGAUGGUUCAGUCAUUCAGCCUGAAGAAUUUUUCGGUAUUUUUGACACUUUCUUGGUGGCUUUUACUGAAGCUCGUCAAGACAAUGACAACUUCAGAAAGCGUGCCGAAGAAGAAGAGAAAAGAUUAAAACAAGAAGCUGAGGUGACGUCUUUCACGGAAGCGAAAAAUACAAAAGAUCGCGAAAAACGAAAGGUGGCAACUCCCCACCGCGUCAAAAUAAUCGAUCAAAUGGCGAAAACUCACGUGAAAGGAUUUUUUAAAACAAAACAUUUUUAAUCUCGUAAAAUAUUUUUUUGCGAUGGAUUUCAAAUCAUCAUCAUCGUCACUGUCCAAAAAAAUAAGUUUCAUAAUAAUAUUUCUUAAUCAGAUGAAAGCAUUUCAGUCAUUUUGCUAGUUUAGUGUCGUCAAAUAAUGUUUCACAGUUUGUUUUGGGUUAAUUUAUUUUUAAAAGAUUUUUUUUCUUUACGACACAAUAAAUCAGACCAGUAAAUUAAUGAAAUACUUUAUCAAUGAAUCGUCAUCAUCAUUAAUAGUCAUUAGAAGUUCAAACAUUUUUCGUCACCUUAGUUUGUGUUAGAAUAGAUUUUUGUAUUCAAUAAAGAUAGAUUUUUUUAUAGAGGAAAUAAUUUCGAUAAUAUCUGAAAACAAAUAAACAUUACUUAUUGUAAUCGAAGAUGAAA